AUGUUGUGGACAAUGUUAGAAUUAGGAGAGAAUUUGUCUGAAAACCUUUACCACAAACUGUUCAUUGAGUUGUCGGCCAUUGGUUCGGGAUAUUUUGGAACUGUAUUUAAAGUGAAGCAUAGAUUCGAUGAACAGAUAUAUGCCGUCAAAAGAGUUGAAAUUAAAAAAUCUACUGAUGAAUACAUGACACAAAUUCUGAAUGAAGUGAAGAAUUUAGGAAAAGUGCGCUCAGAAUAUGUGGUCCAGUAUUAUAACUCAUGGCCCGAAAGCAAACACCUCUACAUUCAGAUGGAGUUCUGUUCGCAUAGUCUACAGAAUAUUCUUGAUCUUAAACCACAAGCAUUUGGUCGACAAAUGGGAGACGCGAUGGAUUGUGUCGAGUAUUUCAUUUCGUGUGAAAUAUUGCGACAAAUCAUCGAAAGUGUUCAGUAUUUGCAUGAAUUGAAUCCACAGAUCAUUCACAGAGACCUCAAACCAGAAAACGUAUUAAUUGCUGAGAAUGUAAGGAACGGUAGAUUUGUUAAGUUAUGCGACUUUGGUUUGGCUGUCGAACACCAGACGGCAUAUCAGAGUCAUUCCAAAUAUAAGGGAACUCCUAAAUAUAUGGCCCCAGAAUUGCAUCAAAGUGGCGAAUUGGAUAAAUACAAAAGCAGCUGUUUAAUAUUCGGUCCCAAUAACACCAUCAACGGCACCGGUAGCAUCACCAACAACACCUUGUACAGCAUUGGUGGCAUCGGGAACUGGGCAAGUCUCCUGGUCAAUCUCACUUUCUAUGGGAUCCAGACCUUCACCGAUACCUUGGGCACCCUCGUUAAAGCCUUCUGUGAGGGCAGCUUUACCCUGGUUAUCAACGUUUACGACGGCUGCUGA